GGGAGAGGGAGGAGCGCGGGCUGCCGCUCCCCUCCGCCAUGUCCAAGCACGUUUUCCUCACAGGACCCCCAGGUGUUGGAAAGACUACUUUGAUCCAGAAAGUCACUCAAGCUCUAAAAUCCUCAGGCAUCUCCAUUGAUGGAUUUUACACAGAGGAAGUUAGAGAAGGUGGCAGGAGAACAGGAUUUGAUGUUGUCACUUUGUCUGGAAAACGAGGACCUUUAUCUAGAGUCAGUUCUGAUUCUUCUACUUCAAGACGUGAAUAUCGGGUUGGACAGUAUGUUGUAGACCUUGUUUCAUUCGAGCAGUUGGUUCUACCUAUGCUGAGAAAUGUAAACCAUGGCAGUGAUGCAGAGAAAAAAAUCUGUGUCAUAGAUGAGAUCGGUAAAAUGGAACUCUUCAGCCAGCCUUUUAUUCAAGCUGUUCGUCAAACACUGACUGGCUCAGGGACCGUGGUGCUUGGAACUAUUCCAAUACCUAAGGGGAAGCCACUGGAUCUUGUUGAAGAAAUAAGAAGUAGGAAAGAUGUUAAAGUGUUCAACGGAUUCUGGCUUUUGGUCAGAAUAGCUCCCGUGGUUCUACACUGAGUCAAAAAAGAGGAAAAUGAGAAGACACCCCAAGGAAGGUACUCUAAUCACAGGCUCACACCUAUUCUGCCACAUACAUUUUAACCUGCCCAGUGAAUGACUGAGCAUAGUGUUGCUGUAACUCCACUCCCCUUUGACAACCACACUAAAGUAGGGGAUGUUGAAUAUCUACCUUAAAUGGCUUGGUACAACUAAAUGCAAAAAUAAAACAAAAAACCUGAGAGUUAAAACAAUGACACAUUAAAAUGAAUUAUUCUUGCGUACAGGGAAAGAGAAUUUGAGAAUUCAAACCACACUACAGCAUUCACCACAAGACAGUUUUUAAGACUAAUAUUAAACUAUAUGUGAAUUCCAAGAGUGAUAUUUGCAGUAUAUCACAGACUGAAAAGAUGUGAACACCUCUAGUUAGGAUAAGCUAUUGGAGGUCUGAAUGACACACACAAAAGGCUCUUGCCCCGUUCUGUGAAGCAUCUCGAUGUGGCCACUGCUGGAUAGAGAGAGUAGAUGAGCUAAGCUAUUCUGACAUGCCUAGACAACUUCUAUCUUCCUUUACAUAUACACCUCCAUUUUUAACAUUCAUAUCAACACCUUAUGUCAUUCAAACAAGUAACUUCUGUAUUUCUUAUGCUUGCAUAUUUAAAUAGACAUAGAAUGAAAAAUAAAUCAACUUACUGGCCAGUGAACCUACCAGAUACUGCUUGCACCCAGGCACUCUGCAAAUGGAUGCAGCAGCAGGCUGGCACGCGCCACAGGCCCUGAAAGAGUUUACUGUUUCUGCAGACAGGCUGUAACCCAGGCUUACACAGCAAAUACCCAGUCACACGAGUGCCUGCUUGACUUUUUUGCUUUCCAGGAAACUCCAAACAUUAGCACAAGCUGGCAUUUUAGUUUCCUAGCUGUAGCUGUGGGGUAGAGAGGGGAUGCCAGAAAAUCUGUUGAGAGCCAUCAACACAGAAACAAGUUUUGCUGGCAGGCUUUUCCAGGUUGUUGGUAAUUCUUUUUUGCUUUGUUUUUUCCCCAAUACCCAAACUAUGGAAGGGAGGGAGCACUGAAACUCCUCCAGAUACUGAAAUUUUUCAGGCAUGAAGGAAUAUAAAUCUCACACUAUCUUCUAGAAACGUGACUGUUUGCUGAAUUCAUGAGUGUUCCAGUAAUGCAGAAUUUCAUAUCCGAACUAUUUAUAUUACAUAGCUGAAACAGUGUUUUACAUCCACAGACCUGCUUUCCAGAGGCUGGUAUCAUUAGCCCCAUUUUUCAGAUGCUGAAGCAAAGAGAAUUUAGGUAACUUGGCACAGAGUCAGAUGGCAGAGCUGGGCCAAAACCUAACUGGAGCUCUUUAGCUGGACUAAAACCUAGUUGGUUUGGCAAGCACUGGACACUUUCGCACCCCACUUACAAUGUAUCUUUAGUUCUACUUUUAUACUCCAAACAAUAAAAAAAUAAUUUUCCUAAGAUGGCAUGCAAAACAGCAUUCUCUGUAAUAAGAGCCCCAAGAUCUCUGCUUGAGAGCAAAGGGACGGAUGCAUGUGGCUCCUGCGUGCCAUGUUCCCAGCGUCCUUCAGGCAUGAUCGAUGGGGAGGGUGCACGCUGUGAUGGGGGUCAGGCCUGGCUGCCACACUGGCAGCCGUGCGCACGUCUGGCCUCCACAGAGACUCAGGUUCUUCAAACUCUGGGGUUUUGUUUAAGUGCUUUGGUUUCUACAUCUGAUGGUUAUUUUAAUAUGUUACUCUUUUUAAAUAAAAAGAACGGACUGGAAUUAAGAACAGAGGGGCUGUGGUGUGUUAGUUUGUGCAGGGGCUAACGUGGCCAAACAUCUGUUUGUAAUUUAAACUGCCAAGCUGACCCCUGUCCAAAAGUAUUCUAUAUUCAUCCCAAAUGCAGUGGUUAAGAGCAUUGGACAGGAGACCACCCGCGUCUACACAUAAAUAACUCUGUCCUUGAAAACACUUAAGAAACAAAGGCUGUUCUAUAAACUGCGUCGUGAAAUAAGGACACUUUGGGGGAGAACCCCACACAUUUCCAAUGCUCCCGAUUUUGGUCACACUUUUGUAUAGAGCUUUCAUUGCAUUUUGCAGACUCAGUGGCACCAUGCUGCAAAAUGAAGUAUGAAAUAUGAAAACAUUCAAUGCAUUUGAUUCAUAGAUUAUGAGUCUAGAAGGGAUUGCUGUGAUCAUCUAGUCAGCUGUGCUAUACAGCAUGGGCCAUAGAACUUCCUGGAAUUAAUUCCUGUAUGGUAUUACUAAUUACUAUGAUUACUUUUAAGAAAUGCAUCCAAUAUCUCCAGUCAUGGAGAAUCUAUCUUAACCCUUAGUCACUUGUUACACUGUUUAUUUACUCUCACUGUUAAAAAUGUGCACUUGAUUUCAAAUCUGAAUUUGUUUAGCUUUGUUAUAUCCAAGUCUGCUCGAAUCAACUGUCUUUGGUCACCUUUUGUUGCCCAGGUAAGUACUUACAGACUAUGAUCAAAGCAUCUUGUACAUUAUAAAUUGUUUGAAAGCUCUUAAUCUUUCACUACAGGAUGUAUUUCCCAGAUCGUUGAUCAUCUUUUGGCUCCUCUUUGAACUCCUUCCAAAUUAAAAACGUUCUUCUUUAAUUAGUGCACUACGACUGUGAGUGGUAGGCCAACAGUGUCCUGAACCAACGUCAGAGUGACAGACGUGCAUUACCCAGGUCACCCUAUUCAUUCUGCUUUUUUAACAACAGGCAUAGCAUAAGUUCUUUCCCAGUCCUCUGGUAUUGCCCUCAGUGUCCCGAUACUUACUGAAGAUCAAACAGAGCUUGCUUUUCAACCAGCUCUCUUAAAAACCUUGAAUAAGAGUCAUUUGGAUUCACUCAAUUAAAGAUAUAGCUUUGAUAGCCACUCUUUCAUGUUCUUUGUAGCUGUUAGGAUGGAAGGAACUACUUCAUGAUCAGAUCAUAGAAAUAGAUCAUUUCAGUUUUUCCCAAUACAAACCAGACAAUUCUUUUCUCAUUUCUACAUUAUUGGCAACUCUGCCUUUCUAUAUAGUGAUGGAUCAAGACCACUGUUAGGAUUUCUUUUGCUUCUAAUACUCUUUAAAAUUAAAUAGCCACAAACCCACUUUCAUCUUUUUGUCCCUAAUGGUGCUAGCCAGAAACUUCUCCUUGUUUCAUUCUCUUUCUCUUAUCAGCAGUCUCUCAGGACUGAAUACUGAUUUGCAUUUGCUAUUUUCCACUUCCUUGCAUUUGUUGUGCAUUUCUUCAUUUUACCUCAAAGCCAGGUUGCUUUUCUUAACUAAGUGUGACCUUCUCUCUUGAUUGUGGUUUUCUGGGCACCCAAUACGUUCUUUUAAACAACUCACAAUUAACUUUCAUUGUUGUAUAGCAUGCUCAGGAUCAUUAUUUUACAAUUAAGUUUGCCAUUCUGAUUACUGCAGUGUCAAGUUAUGAGUAUGCACAUGGGGAUUCCUCUAAUGCUAGACUCAAUUAAAAUCAGCUGUUAUUUUAUUCUUACAACAUGAUUUAUAUUCAGGGCAAGAUUUUCUCCAGUCCAGUCCAUUAUAUUUAAUGAUAGGUCAAAAUGAUCUAACAGGAAACAAACAACUAUCAUACCCCUCUAGUUCUCUGCUGUAAUUUAUACAGUAAUACCACAACUUGUUGAAAGGUUGAGUUAAUUGGCUUUACAUUACAAGUCCUGAUCCCACAGUGAUAGGUCUCACAGUGACCCACUGCCAAACUUAAUGUAUAUUUCCAAUGUGAAGGCCAGUAGUUCUACCUUGUGAAUAUGUCUGAAGUACUUUUGAAUCCAUAAUUUAAUCUGAGAAGGGCUCAGCUGUUAGUUGACAGCUGCCAAAUGAUUGGCAGCAUUUAAUUUUCUCCUGGUAACUGCUGUAUAGACGUAAGAAGUUAUUUCCUAUUUGUUUGUUCUCCACAUGCGCUGAUGAACAGCCAAACCAGUUCCUCAAAUAAAUUGUCAUGGUCCUUCCAAGAUAA